GGGAGAGAUGUCACAGGAGCUCCUCACAGAGCUCUGGGUCGUGGCAGCAGCGCUGGGCCCUGCCCUGCCUUAGGGGUGCAGCAGCACCAGGCUGAGGAGCACAGAGCACAAACCCACCGCAGGCCGCAAGCUGGGACAAGAAGCAGCAGCUCAGACACGACCUGGAGCAGCUCGCAGCCACCAGAACCCCUGCUGUCACCCACACAGAGCUGAACCCAUCCUAACACCGUUCUGUCCUCACAGAGCUGCUCUGGCAAAGCUUUCUGAUAGGUAGGAUGAGGGGAAUGGUUUUAAAGUGAGCCAGCAGAGUUUAGGUUGGAUAUCAGGAGGUUUUUCACACACAGGGUGGUGGGGCACUGGAACAGGCUGCCCAAGGAGGCUGGGGAUGCAACAGGAUUCAAGGCUGGAUGUGGCUGUGGGCAGCCCAGGCUGCUGGUUGACCUGCACACAGCAGGGGUUGGAGCCGGAUGAGCGCUGUGCUCCUCUGCAACCCAGGCUGUUCUACGGCUCUACAGGGGGUUUCCUCUUCCUGCACCCUUCUGCUCAGAACAGGGAUCCUAAGGGCAGCACUUCAGGGCUCUGCCUUUAUGGUGUCCCUGUACAAAACCCCAGACAAAGCUGCUGAGUGCAGGACUCUGAAUUGAGCUCUCAGCCAUGCACGCUCACUGCUGAGCCAGCCUGGGCUCCCGCUGUCCCAAAUGCCUGCACUCUGUCUGGAGCUGCGCUCCUCCCUGAGCUCAGCACCCCACAGCAGCUCCCCACAGGACAGGCACAGCUCUGCCCCAGGAUGCCACCAGACCCACAGAUGCUCUGCAGCUCCGACCCCAGCACUGCAGACAGAAGAACAGCCACGCUCCUGUGUCCCGUACAGCCAGACCAUCAAACACCUUCAUUAAUGCUCUCACUGGUAACGGCAUCCCAUACAGAAAGGCAGCAAGGAGAAGUUUCUGGAGCCCACGUCACCUCAACCCAGCAGAGCCGUGAGCAGCUCAGCCCCCAGCGCAGCUCCAGGCUUUAGGACCCUGCAGGCGGCUCUGUGAGCCUGCGCCGUGCUCGGCUGCAGCACAACUCCAGCACAGCCCAGCAGCGCCGCAACAAAGCCGGGGCACAGCAGGCACAGCAGCACAGCUCUGCGCCUCCCAGCACUCGGGGGAGCCUUUCCUGCAGCCCAAAGCAAACCACAGGGGACCGCAGCCAUGCAGCACAGCACCACGGAGCGCAGGACGCCACGGCCCAGCAAGGACAGCAGUCGAUGCCCCGGAGGAAGGCGGUGCCGACGCUGGGCAGCCUCUGCCUGCAGAGCUUGGUGCAGCACAUGCAGAGCGUGUGGGUGAAGGACUACAGCGAGAACUACCUGGAUGAGUACAGCUUCCGCUUCGUCAUGGGCCCCUUCAACGACCUGGCCGGCAGUUUGGUGCAGGACCUGAUCCGGCUGCUGGGCGAGAGCCGCCGCCUGUCGCGUGCUGCGCUGCAUCUGCUGCUGCUGCCUCACCUGCAGGAGCUCAGCCUGCAGCACUGCCACGGCCUGGUCAGCAACGCCAUCGGGCAGCUCAUCACCGUGCGCUGCAAGAGCCUGAGCGCGCUGGACCUGCACGGCUGCAGCCGGCUGUCGACCGACGUGCUGGUGGACCUGGUGGAGGAGCUGCCCCUGCUGAGCCGCCUGGGGCUGGCGGAGACGCAGGCCAACGUGCAGGUGCUGGCGGCCGUGGGCUCCUCCUGCCGCCGCCUGCGGGAGCUGGACGUGUCCCGCUGCAAGAAGGUGACGCCGCGCGCCCUGCGGCACCUGGCCUACGACCCGCUGGAACGGACCCCGGGCUGCCCGACGCUCCGCGUCCUCCUGGCGCGUGGCUUGGAGCCGGCGGGGGACGGCGCGGUGCCGGCGCUGGCCUUCGUGCUGCUGGCGCUGCCGCUCCUGGAGGUGCUGGCGCACGGCGACGCACCGGCCGCGCUCGCCCUCCUGCACGCGGGGCGGCUCGACGACACCGGCGACGCCGACGGCUUCCCCUCGCUGCGGGAGCUGGCGCGGCGACGCGGCGGCCCUCCGUUCGCGCUGCCCCUGCGGCACCUGGAGGAGCUGACGGAGCCCGAGCUGGCGGCCGCCCGCGCCGUCUGCCCCGACGCCGAGGAGGUGACCGCGUGCCUCGGGGACGGCGAGACGGACGCCUGGGACGCGCUGCUGAGCUGGAGCCGCCUGGCCCGGCUGGGGCUGUCGUGUGCGGGGCCGCGGGGCCGGGCGCUGUGCGAGGCGCUGCCGCUGGUGCGCGGCCUGGGCUCGCGGCUGCAGAGCCUCGCGCUGCACGGCUUCCUCUUGGAGGACGAGCUCGCCCUGUGCGCGCUGCUCGGCUGCUGCCCCAACCUGCGGGACUUCAGCGCGGAGCUGCGGCCCCCGCCGCGCGGCCGCCCCGACGCCGAGCCGCCCGAGGAGCCGCCGCGGUGGGACACGGAGCUGCUGCCCCGCGAUCUGCCCCGCCUGCGCCGCUUCUCCCUGGCGCUGCCCGGGCCCGUCCCGGAGCCCCACGGGCUGCUGCUGCGCGCCACCUUGGCGUCGCUGCUGUGCCGCUGCCCGCGCCUGCAGAGCCUGCGCCUGCUCGGCAUCGCGCUGCCGCUGGACUCCGUGUUCGAGACGGUGCUGACGGCGCCGGGGCCGCCGCUGCAGGAGCUGCAGGAGCUCUCGCUGGUCGAGAGCCGCGUGUCCGGGCGCACUGUGCGGCUGCUGCUGGCCUCCGACGGCCGCCUGCGCCGCCUGGACGUGUCCCGCUGCCGCGAUGUGCACCGCCGCGACUACGACGGCUUCCUGCAGGCCGUGCGGAAGCAGCGGCUGGACCUGGACAUCACCUGGGAGUAGCGCUCACACCGAGGCCUUUAAUAAAGCGCUUACGCCGCG